GGAGAAGGCAUGUGAGGCUCCAGCGUCUCCAUGGCAACCGCUGAGGAAACAGCAUGGCGACUGAGGACAGGGAAGCCGCUGCAGCGGAGUCUGCAAUAAAUGAAAUCCAUAAGAAGAUCACCGAGGCUUUUGAGGUGUUUGACCAUGAGUGUAAUAAAACUGUGGAUGUCAGGGAGAUUGGUACAAUCAUUAGGUCAUUAGGAUGCUGCCCAAGUGAAGGGGAACUACAUGAUAUGAUUGCAGAGGUAGAAGAAGAAGAACCAACUGGGUUUAUACGUUUGGAAAAAUUUCUUCCCAUGAUGACUAGAGUAUUGACGGAAAGAAGGUACCGCCCAAUUCCAGAAGAUAUUCUUUUACGUGCAUUUGAGGUUUUAGACCAGAAUAAAUGUGGACAUCUUACUAAAGAUGAGCUGGUCAAGUACAUGACUGAAGAAGGUGAGCCUUUCACUCAAGAAGAAAUGGAGGAAAUGCUGUCUGCUGCUGUGGAUCCAGAAACAAAUAAUGUUCGCUACAAAGACUACAUCUCAAUGAUGGUUGUGGAUGAAAACUAAGCACUUCUUGUGUAACUCAUAUAGGUCUGAAACUUUUGCUUGGUGCUUGUUGAUUACUACCAUUGGAGUUGUUCUGUAUUUGCCAUGAGAUUGCAGCAGAGGGUUAUGUUGAAAUAAUUUAUCUAUGAAAAUAUUAUCCUUUUAUAUACUUAGUAAAAUACAGAAGUUGUAAAAAUAUAGUUUUCAAAUGUUGAUCAGUUGGGAUAAGAAAAUAAGAAAAGUUCAGAUUAUGUAGAGGAAGCACGAACCACUGGGUCCAGCAGGAUUUAUUCCCAGGUAACUAAGUAUAGGAUCCCAGCCAAAUACUACCGUAUGAAGUACUAUCAUUAUUAUUUAU